AUGGCAGUGCGUGAUGUCAUUGUCCUCGACCUACCAGCAGAUUUCAAAGCGAUCACACAAUGGAAUGGACGGGCUGGUCAGGAUGGACAAGGGGGACAUGCGAUCAUAUAUGCUCCUGAUGUAGUUCGCAUUGAGAAUGUUGUGGACUUUGAUGGUGACCCUGUAACUGGGAAACGAAAAAUGUCGGAGAAAACACUUGCAGCUUGGAAGGAGUACCGGGAUGGGUGUUCUCCAGUGAUCAUCAAAUACUAUAACCCAGGGCCAAUGAGGUGCUGUCGUGAGGUUGUGUGUGCAUACUAUGGUGAACCCUGCCAGAAACCGGCGAAUUGCUGUGAGGCACCUGGCUGCCACCCCGGACCACCUGUUGAUCUUGACAAACUGUCCUCCGAGUAUGCUAAAAAAUUAGCAAAGACUCACGGAACAAGAUCAGUCCAGUUGGCAAAGGAGAACAAUGACUUACCAAAGUAUGAGAGGGAAAUGAUUGGAAUUGGGCUCAAGUGUUUGAUGGAAUGGAGGGAGGACUUGUGGGCAAGACACAGGGGGGAAGCCAAACUCAGUAACUUGGACCCUCCAAAUUUUGUCAUUACCGACCACGCACUCAACUUACUUGUGUCAGCGAUCCACCAAGCAACAUCAGAAAGCCGUACCUUAGACAUCUUGGAUCAGUGGAUGGAUAUUUCGGAGCUUGACCUCAGUGCGGAAGAGAAGUCAUCUCUCAUUCCUGUGGUGUGCAAUUCAUACUGGAAUGCAAAGUGCAAACAUUCAAGAGCUUGGAAGAAAGCCGAAACAAAGAUGCACACUGAAGCAUGCAAGCGACCACAGGUACAGGUCACACCAGAGGAUGAACAGAGUGGAUUUGAGCCCACUAGGGAUCCUGUAGUGGAGCUCAUGUCAGCUGAAGUAUUGGGUCAGAGGCAUGUGGCAGGAAAGCGGCAGAUCAGACUCACUGCUAAGGCAAUUAAUGCGGAUGUCUAUGAAGAUGAUUAG